AUGCGCAACGGAAACAUCGCGUUUGCGAACGAUCAAGGGAACAUCAUCUUAUUCGAGCCGGCAACGUCAGAGCACGUGUCAGCACGAACGAUAUUCGACCCCAUCACUUCAAUCGCCCCGGCUGCCGAUUGUAGGACAUUUGCCAUUGGAUAUCUCAACGGCAGCAUUUUGAUCGCAACCUUGCAGCCGUCCUUCACCAUACUGCACACCCUUAAUACUACCAGGUCGCCCGCCAGAAUCACGGACCUGGCCUGGCAUGGCUCCUCUUCGAAGCAAAAAACGGACAUGCUUGCCACGCAGACGUCAGACGGCGAUCUGCGUGUCUGGAGCGUGCCCAAAGUACCGCAUACAGAAGCACCAAACAUAAUACGUGUUCUACAAAGGCCCGAGUCGCAAAACACUGGUCGACCAUGUUGGUUUGCGUGGUCUAAGAACGGUCGAAUUGUGCAACACGCAGAUGGUGAAACACGUUCAUGGGACGUCCGUACCAAGAAGGUAACCUACGACAUGAUACCCACGGUAGAUGGCGUUACCGGAAUUGCUUGCUAUGGACCCACCGCGACUCUGUUCGCCCUUGGUCGUAAUCACACCGUCUAUCAAUACGACAUUACUCCUACUUCCUCUCCCAUGCAGGUCGCAAACGCUCAACAUGCUCCUGCAAAUACACCACCCACCCCGCCAACCAUGCUUGAGGAGCGAAAAAAUCCAUACUCGCGGAUGCCGUCCGGUGACCAGAUUCCUCUCACAUAUACCGACACUGAAAGMAACACCGAGGAUGAGACCGGAGCACUAUCUCCUCUGCAGAAGAUUGCGCAAGAGAUGGACUCGCUCGAUGCCUUGGAAUCCGAACUCCGGGACAAGGUCAUGCCGCUUAGCCCGAUUUCGAGCAGAGCGUCAUCCGUGAGUUCGAAGAGCUCGGGGCGUCGAGGCGGCCGAAGGUAUCUGUACGACAAGCCAGACUCUUCCCGGGCGUCCUCAGCCUCAGGCCACGAUGGCACAGAGUUCUCUUUCGGCACUGCGCCGAAGCUGGGUCACGACAGCAUGUCAAUCCGAUCUGUUUCGUCAAUAGCUUCGGCUUCCCAAUCUGCCUCACAGGCACGCCAUUCGAGAAGAACUUCUAGUCUUCGUAAGGACGUGCUCCGGAACCCCAGGGAAUCUCAGGAUCCAGAAGCUUUGGAUCUGUUGCCAGCCACAAAAGCGAGACUCAAGGAUGUUGCAUUUCGGACGCCUCAUUAUGGCCAUUCCGCUCGUACCCCGGAGUUGUUGCAAAGGGAGAUGCUGAGCGUCGUCUUCGGCUGGAACGAUGAUAUCCGAAGUCUAUUGCAGGAUGAGCUGUCACGACAUCAACCUGGGUCUGCAAGCGGUGUUCUUCUUGCCAAGUGGCUCGGCGACAUGGGCGCAGACAGUAUGGCGUCUAUGGUCGGGUCAGAGUCCAUGACUUCUUCCGAUUGGAUGCUGCUUGCCUUGAGCUCGAUUGGGGCGGACUCGCAGAAAAAGGUUGGAGAAGCGUUCGUGCAGCGACUGCUCGAGAAAGGGGACAUUCAUCCUGCCGUAGCAAUCCUUCUUGGUCUUGGUGAAAACCACGAUGCCAUCGAGGUCUACGUCUCGCAAGGUUACUGGAUCGAAGCCGUUCUGUUAACGUGCUUGACAUGCCCGUCUGACUGGCAGCGCAUCUCAUAUCUCAUCAGAAGGUGGGGCGAAACUGCAGUCGCACAAGGGCAAGCAGAGCUUGCGGUGAGAUGCUUUUCUUGUACCAGCAUCGAGACUUCUGAGCCCUGGUUCUCCCCGCGGGCUCAAGAUGCGGUGUACGCGGCCCAGCAAGAGCGUCUGGCAGAUCCCAAGAGCGCCGGUAGUGUCUCGAGCCCGCCUCUGUCUCCACCGUCCCGAUCAGGAUCCGGACGGCUCACCGCCAUGAAUGCUUCGCUUAAGCUGAUCACUACUUUUGGGGACAAGGGAGCAGCAGUGUCUCCAGACGAACCAGCAACGACCAAGCCGGUCAUCACUGCGGUCGGUGUCACACCUAUAGCCCAGUCAGCGCUAUCUCCGAGCGGAAAUCAACCUUGGAAGUCAAUGCGAGAAGGUCGCGAACCAUCUACCGCCCGAACUGCAACGCCCGGGGGAUACACGAGGAAACAGCGCCUACCUUCGAGAUCAGAUAUCGAGAGAGCUAAGCAGGAAGCCAGAGAAAUGGCGACCCCUCUCACAGCGGCUCGUGACAAGCCUUCCAGAGCCUCUAGUCGAGGCGGCCGUGCGACCUCUGUGGCCAGCAGCGUCCCGGAGCCAUCGACUGCUCUACCGUCAACGGUUUAUGAUAACUCCAGACUCGCUCCGGAUGUUCAGGACGACGACCAUCUGCCUUCACCAGCACAUGGCGCUUUCACGCGACUUCGAGAUGAAUCUCGCAGACGAAAAGAGCGGAAACCCGACGGACUGGCUGUUCAGAUCGUGGAGACAGCAUACAUUGACGCACUCUCUUCUGGCCCCAGCACGCAUGCAAGUAGCGCGAGCGAUUACGUCGGAGGGAGUCGAUAUGGGGCAUUCAGUCCUGGCCCACUGACAGGAGGUAGCAUGAAGAGUGGUAAAGGACGCGCCAUGGAUGCUUACAUCAGUAGCGUGGAGCAGGCCAGGCAGGCAGCUCGAGAGGAGCGAGCCAAAAGUCGGCCCCGGAACGAGAGCCGAUCACGAAACACCAGUCGGAGGCGGGGCGAGAGUCGUGCGAGCAGUCGUAUGCGGGAAUCGUCCGAAAGUCGAGGGAGGGAUAACGUGAGGUAUAUCAAGGCGGCGAAACGAUCGCCCUCAUCGCCUGUGCCAAUGUCGCCAGAGGAGAUCGCACAAGCUAGCUUCGCGCAGAUUGCGGAGCCCGCGACGACUGACGACGAGAACUUCUACAAGCUCACCUCACCGACGGACUCACACCAGAGCGCAAAGACCCACCACUCGGAGAAUCGGCGUCGCAGGCCAUCAGAAUCAAAAGUAGCAAGGAUCGAGAGCCUUGCUCCUUUGAUGUUGAACGAUGAUCGAGGAAGGAGUCCGUCUCGUGAUGAUGCUUCAGCACCUCCCUCACCGCCACUACCGAUGCUUUCAUCGAAACGCUUCGGCGAAGACGUUGCAGAGGCACAAAGCGAGGGUCAAGGAUUCCGGAUGCGAGAUCGCAGCUCCAGUCGAAAAAUUGGAGGUGAAGACUUGCAAGAUCGUAGGCGUCGCGAGCGAUCGAGCAGUCGCCGACCUACAGAUAACGCAAUGACGUUGGCAGACAUGCCUCAGUCUGACACCAACGACGCUGCGUUCGUUACAACAGAGGUCAGAGCAAGGACCAUGACACGCAAACAAAUUGCUGCGCAAGAACUCGAGGCGCGGCGACGCUCUCUUGCAAGACGACCAUCAGCUCCGUCCAUUCCUCUUCCUGCUGAUUUCCUGAAUGCCGGUCGGCCGCCGCUAGCCGCGCGCUCCUAUACGGAGCUUGGCGAUAGUCCUACUUCAUUCAGUCCUCCGUUGUCAAGAAGCCACACCGUGGGUCCUGAGUCGAUGUCGAGGUACGGCGGCAGCAGCAACAGGGUCACCGGUACUUCGACCCCAUCGGCGCCGAUCGGACUUCCCGCAACACCAAGGGCGAUGAGACAUCCCAAGUAUAUGAGCGCCGAUCCAAACGAGCGUGAAGGUGGCGCUCCGCCGAUUCCAGAAAUCCCCGGAAGGUUCAGCGAACUGUCAUCAAUGGGAAGCAAUCUCAGCCAGAACUCGGUUCCCCUAGGUUCCGGCACGUUUUCUGAGAACAGUGACUCUAUUGGGCCCUUGCUACCAUCUACGGUUUUCGGACAGAAGYCUCCGCAGGGUGUCAUCUCCCGGGCGGCAUCAGCACCCCCUGAGAAGCAGAAUGGGCCGCUAUACCCCUCCUACACAUCUGGGAUGCCAGGACACAACCGUCGUCUUUCGGGCGGGCGUGGCCAUGUCCGCAAGAUAUCCCCGCCGGACCUUCGACGGCUGUCGGAAGACCAAUUGCCAUCCAGCAUUGAUGCCGCUCUUCACAGCGAGGAUCAAAUUAUCAUCGUCCCGCAGGACGAGGCCAUGCCGCCGCCAAUGUUGCUACCGGAGCUUCAGCAUCUUGCCGGCCCUCCGCCUCCGCCCCCGCCACCAACAAUGUUCCAGCCCCCACGCGGGAAUCUCGGUGAUAUUCACAUUGCUAUCGACGAAGAUGGUCCGAGCAAUGCCAUUGACCCUCAAGGUCCAAUGCUUCCUAUGCCAAUGGCGCGUGCUGCUACAGCAUCGCCCAGCCAGCACCGCAAGAAUGCACCUAGCAGUGAUAGCUUUGGCUCUCGAUUCCGUGGCUUUGGCGAUCGUAUGCGUAGCAGCUCCAAAAGCCGGGCGAAGCCUACUCCCGCGGAGCAGUAUCGGUCCGGCCCAUCGCCUUAUGAGACGGUCUUGCCACCUCUGCCAAUGUAUCAUGGCCACAUGCGUCAUGAAAGUCUGACUCGCGCCAAGUCGCCGUAUGAGCAGGCCAUGGCUGCAGAGGAUGUAGACCAAAUCCCUGUACCCCCACCGCCUCCCCCGGCACCAAUGCCAGGCUCGGACGGGCGCCUCAAGGAGAUGACAAUUCCUCCCUUCACAUUACCAAGCCGCAGCCAGAGCAGCACGGGAUACCGCAACCCCAAGGAGAUUCGUGCCAAUAUGCCACCCGAUACACUGCAGCAAGGCGUCUACCAGCCAGGAGGAUUUCUCUGA